AUGAAGCUGUUUAUCAGUUUUCUCAUUAUUAAUUUCUUCAUUAUUGAUGGUAUUCAAAAUGUACCUGUCAUUCAUCCAAUUCAUGUUCAAACAAUUCCUUUACAUCCGGUAACUGUUCGACUUACAUCUGCUCAAGUGACAACCCGAAAGCCUAUUAUAUCACCUGUCACUACUAUUCAUCCUGCGAAACAUUCUUGGUGGUAUUGGAGCAGUUCUACUCAAUUUACCAAUUUGAUUUCAUCUUCAGCAUCAUUUACAGUUCAUUAUUAUUCAUCAUGGUGGGAGAAGUUAAGCAUACCAACAAAAAUUAGUCUUUAUCUUUUUCUUGCUGUGAGUUUGAUUGCUGGUGCAUGUAAAAGUCUGGACAAUGUUUGCAAAUCAUCGAAACAAAAACCACCGUGCAAGGAAAGCGGACUUCCUCUAGUAAAGAAUAAAAUUUAUAUUUCUACAAUUGAUGAUAAACGUGAAGAAUCACCACCAUCAUAUGUAGAAAUUAAUAAUGCUUGA